AUGGAGUUUUCAGUGGAGGGUACGCAAUUCUCGCCGCCUGUGAAGCGCAUCUUUGACACAGCCGGCACGCACGACUUCCAAAAGUCGCUGACGAUGUAUCGGCUUCAGUCGCACCUGGAGCGAUAUUUAAAGCUUGUGCAGGGCCAGAAGAUUCCCAAGAGCAGCCAGAACCGCGCGGUGGUGCGGUUUGUUUGUAUUCUGGAAAGAUUGGAUGCGCUGAUGGACGAGACGCCGCCGCGGACGGGCAGCGCGCGGCGCUUCGGCGACCUGGCGUGCCGCGACUGGCACGACCGGAUGCAGGGAGAACUCGACGGGCUGCUGGAGACGCUACUGCCGGAGGCCGCGCGUAGAAGUGCUGCGGAGCUGCGCUACUACCUGGGCAGCGCGUUCGGGUCGCGCGAGCGUUUGGACUACGGGACAGGGCACGAGCUUGCGUUCCUGGCCGUGGUGGUGGCUCUGGACAUGCUAGGCCUGUGGACGGAGGACAAGUUUACGGGGGAGGACAUGCUGUACGUGUGGGCACGCUACUACGCGCUGGUUCAUCGGCUCAUUCUGACCUACAAUCUCGAGCCGGCCGGCUCGCAUGGCGUGUGGGGCCUGGAUGACCACCUGCACCUUGCAUACAUCCUGGGCGCGUCGCAGUGGGCACAGGACAGAAACGUGCCCAUGCAACCCUCUGACAUACUGGACCCUAAGGCCGUGGCGCGAUAUUCGGAGACAAACCUCUACUGUAACUCUAUUGCGUUUUUGCUGCGCGUCAAGACCGGCCAUUUCGCGCAGCACUCGCCGAUGCUCCACGACAUCGCGCAGACUGUGCCAACGUGGAGCAAGGUCACCACCGGCCUCAUCAAGAUGUACCGCGUAGAGGUACUUAACAAGUUUCCGGUGGUCCAACAUUUCUGGUUCGGCACGGGCUUUUUCCCUUGGGUCGACAUGGCCCACGGCAUGUCGUUGCCUAACUACGAGGCUCCGUCGGAGACCAGUGAGAAGCCUGCUGCUGGAACAGCACACACCACUACGACUACGAUGCCACCACCCCGCAUGACUGCAAACUGUGGUUACGGCCCCCUCGGGCGCCUAGUGACACCGCGCCGAUGA